AUGCAACACCAAAAACCAGAACGCAUCUACAAAACCCACCCCCUCGCCAACACCCUCGUGCUAAACAUCGCCACCUCCGCCCUCGCAAUAUCCAUCUUCUCAGCCGGCGGCUACAACACAACCCUCAGCACCCUAGAAACAAACCUCCACCCUGCAACAAAUCUCAUAAAAGACAUUCCAGAACCACAAAACCCUGCGCGCAAAUCCUUCGCAGAAACGGGGAUCUUACUCCUAGGCGUGGGAUUUAUCAAUUGGGACGUUGAUCGCGGAGAGGUGUAUAAAGUUACAGGAGUGUGGCUGUUCGUGCCGAGGAAUAUGCCCGAGGAUCUUGUGCCGACCCCUCCAACUCCAAAUGCAACCCCAAAUCCCCAAAUACACCCUCCUACCCCCAAAUCUGGCUCCAAAACCGGCUCCAUCACCGAAGCAUCCACCGCCCUAACAGACCUAACCCCAGACGUCCUCGUAAUCCAAGGCUCCGACGCAGGAAGCCACACCCAAACAACCUCCGCAUCCCUCCUCACCCUCCUCCCAAAACUGACAACCCUACUAUCAAACCACAAAACCAAAACCAAAAACGAACACGAAAGGAACCCCCUAACCCUCCUCGUAGCAGGCAGCCUCACAACAGGCCGCACCCUAGCCGCAGCGCUCAUCCUGGGCGCGAGCGGUGGCGUAAUGGGUACCCGGUUCCUAGCCAGCCACGAAGCACACACCAGCAGUGGGUAUCAAGUUACUAUCCUUUGUGCUAGCGACGGGGGCGUGAGUACGGUGCGGUCAACUGUUUAUGAUCGUGUUUGGGGGAUAUACGGGUGGCUGGGACGGUAUAGGGGGCGCGGGAUUGUGAAUGACACUUAUCUGGAUACGGAGCGGGGGGAUGGGGGAGGAGGAGAAUCGGAGGUUGUAUUUGGAGGAGAUGGGGAAGGGGGAUGGGGGUGGGUUGUUCCUGGGGGAAGGAUGACGAUGUAUGCGGGGACCGGGGUUGAGCUUGUUAGGGAGGUGAAGGGGGAGGGAGGGAGAUUUUGGAGGAGGUUUGGGAGGAUGUUGAGGGUGUUUUUGGGAGGGGGUGUCGAUGUCGACUGUCGAUUGUCGAUUGUUGAUGUUGGGUUCGAUGGGGUAUGGCGUGAUACUUAA